AUGUAUCGAAGAAACGCAGUGCUGAUCAUUUGUCUCGCGCUUAUCUUGGUCGUUCGUUCAGACGAGACUUUAAGAUGUUACAUGUGCACUUCGGAAACAACUCCCGGAUGCGGCACGGAUCCAAAGGCAUAUAACAUUGAACCUGAAGAAUGUACUGUAACGCGCAUGAGGGACUGGCAACAACGUAUCGUUAAGCAACACAACAUUUUACGUCCCAUAGAAUCGAUUUUCGAAGUGGACGACUCGAAGUAUUCCCCGGUCGCCGUGCCAAUGGCGUGCGCUAAAAUGAUCCUCAAAGUGAACAAGCGGGAGGUCGUAGUGAGGAAUUGCCAGAUGGCCAAGACGGACACGAUCGACCCGUGCAAAGCGAUAGAGGGGAAAGGAAAGCUCAUCGGCGACCCUAUAAUGAGCGUGGAACAUUGCGAUCUUUGCGAGAGCGACGCCUGCAACAGCUCGGACGCGUUUUCGCCAAGGAUCCUCUUCACUCUGUCGUCGAUUCUUGCGGCCGUGGCCAUUGCCAAUCUGUACAACACCGCGUAACCGUGCCACGCAUUCGGCGAUGUAUUGCAAAAAUUAUGAGUUCACCGAGUUCAUAGCGCGUUCUAAAAAUUGAAAACGCACACAUUAAUAUCCACGGCAUACGUAUACGGGAUUGUUCAUACUCGACGUUUCAUAUUUGGCGAGAAAGUUUAUGUAUCAAUAAAUUUCUUAGCGAAAUAAACAUUUUUUUGUAUAUA